ACAAUAAAAUGAGUUCUUUUUGUUACACAACGUGAAUUUAAUACGACCAUAGAAUAAAAUUCAAGUAAUACUAAUAAGUGGGGUAACCAUCCAAACAAGCUGCUCAGUGAGUUUCUAUCAAAGUCAUCAAUGGCAGAACCCAAAAACGAUCUACCGGCGGUAAUUGUCCUGGGCAAUCCAUCAUUUCUAAAACUCUACGGCGAACAAUUUUCCUCAAAAUUCAAACUCCUAAAACCAUGGGAAUCUUCACUUCCAUUAAACCAAUUCAUCACUACACAUGCUCAAUCCGUACCGGCUAUGCUCUGUUCCGGCGGGACACGUGUUACUCCGUCGUUGCUCCGCCAAUUCCCUUCUCUUCGCGUAAUUGUUACUACCAGCGCUGGCCUUAACCAUAUGGACCUCGAUGAGUGUCGCCGUUUAGGAAUCUCUGUUGCUAAUGCUGGUACUGUUUUCUCAGAGGAUGUUGCUGAUUUUGCUGUUGGAUUGUUGAUUGAUGUUUUGAGAAAGGUAUCUGCUGCUGAUCGGUUUGUUAAGAAUGGACUUUGGCCUCUUCAUCGGGACUACCCACUCGCUUCCAAAGUAGGAGGCAGGAAGGUUGGCAUUGUUGGGCUGGGAAGCAUAGGCCUAGAAGUUGCAAAAAGGCUUGAACCAUUUGGCUGCGUUAUAUCAUACCAGUCGAGGAAGAAAAAGCCUGUUCCCUACCCUUUCUAUCCCGACGUUCAUGAACUAGCAACCAAAUGUGAUGUCCUUGUCAUUUGUUGUGCAUUGACAGACCAAACUCGUCAUCUGAUCAAUAAGGAGGUUCUACUGGCACUCGGUAAACAAGGAAUAGUGAUUAAUAUUGCACGAGGUGCUGGCUUGGAUGUUUUUGAGAAUGAACCUAAUGUUCCUGAAGAGCUCCUUUCAUUGGAUAAUGUUGUAUUGUCACCGCAUGUCGCUUUUUUAGCCGAGGAUUCUUUUCAAGAUUUAUAUGAACUCAUGUCGGGGAAUUUGGAAGCUUUUUUUUUUAACAAACCUUUGCUUACUCCAGUUUUGGAUGACUGAGAUACUCUUUUCAACUUAUAUCCUGAUCUUCCAUAUUUAUCAACUUCUUGUUCCGGAUAACCUCUGUAUAACUGUAGGGGCGGCUCAACUUGAUUGGUGGCGUAAAGCCAAAUUUCAAUAUGAGGCCCUAAAGGUUUUUUUUUUUUUUUUUUUGGUUGUUGAUAAAAGUUGUGCAUAUAUAUUAUUUGAUGUGUAUUUUUUCUAGCCUUUUAAAUGCAAAAUUGUUAAUUGUUAUUUUUGAGAUGGACUAAUAAGGAAAGUGUGUCACAUAUAUUAAAAUGCAAAAAAUAAAAAGAAUCAAAUUAAAAAGAAAAGAAA